CUUAUUAAUUUUACUAAUAGAUGAUGCUCAAACUAAAGCAAAAACUAUUGAAGAGAAUAUCGGGACAAUUAAUAUGGAAUUAGAAUCCCUUGCUAACGUUUUAAGAAAACUUAAUGAUAAUGAUGAAAUAGUUAAUUUAAAAAAUGAAAAUGUUAUUCUUAAAAAGGAAAUUACUAAGGUCAAAAACGAUUUAUUUUUAGCUGAAAUUUGGAAUGGUGUUAAGCAAUAUAAAUUGCAAGGUAAUAUUGAAAAUAAAAACAACGAUGGGGAUUCUGUUUUUUGCAAUGAAGAAGAGCUCUAUGAUUCUAACAAUAAAACUAAUAAAAUCAACAAGAAUGAAACAAAACCAUCUGAAAAUAAAAAAUUGAAUAUAGAAAUAUCUGAAAGUACUGAAAUAUCCAAUUUUUCUUCACACUUAGAUAUGCGAGUGGGAAUUAUUAAAUCUGCUGAGAAACAUCCAGAUGCUGACAGUUUAUAUGUAGAAAAGAUUGAUUUGGGUGAAACUGAGCCUAGGACUAUUAUAAGUGGGCUGGUAGCUCAUGUAACAAUAAAUCAAGUACUCAUGUAA